AUGAGAAUUGAGGACGGACUGAGAAAUGAAAUAAAAGAAGAAGAAGUUGAAGAAGUGAUAGACCUAUCUUGGCCAGAGGAUGCCUUUGAAAGAUGCAGACGAAGCAUAGAAACAGAGCUCAUAGGCGAGGAAAGAAGCGUCAUUAUAAUAACAAAAGAAGGUGAAAAGGAUACGGACAAUUUUAUAAAGAAGGCAACAGAAAGAAAUCUACAAAUCUCUAGAAUUGUAGAACAAGAAAAGCUGGAAGCGGGAAAAAUGGUCGGAACGAAAACGGUCAGUGAAAUGAUGGCCGAAAAAGGGGGAUUCGAAGAGGCCUUGAUACGGUAUACGUACAUAAUCUCCACCAAUGGGGCUAAGGCUGGAACAGAUAGAAUUAGUCUUAGAGAUAACCUUAGAAAAAUAGCAGAAAUUACCAAAACAUGUGGUCACAGUGAAAUUGCCUGCGUAGUUACGAAACAAGUAGAUGGUACGAGUACGAGAAAAUGCUUGGAAUGGGUAGGCAGAGAACAGGAUGUGAACUGGGUCCUAUAUAAAGGUGUAGACCAAAAAACAGAAUGGGAAGGAGCAAGGAAAAGAAGAGAGGAAGACGUAAUCAUACUGAAGCCUGCUGAUGGAACAUCGUAUGCCCAACUGGUCAAAAGCAUGAAGGAUACAGUGGAUACUGAAGGAAUAACGAUUGAUAAAAUCAAUAAAACCAACAAUGGUAAUGUGCAAAUAAAGAUCAAAGGAAAAGAGGAAAAGAGCAGAUCACUAUUUCGAGCAACACUGACCGAAAAACUAGAAGGAGUAGCUAAAAUUCAUUUCAAACAAAAAACACAAACUUUCAUGAUCCUAGAUAUUGAUGAGACAGUAGAAGAAGAAGAAGUCAGAAGGGUAUUAUCUAAAGAAACAAAUAGUGGACACUCAGAAGGAAUGCGAAUAAAAUUAUCGGAGAAAAUAAACGAUAGAGGGCUCAAAUACGCCUUCAUCACCCUAGGAGAAGAUAGUGCUAAGCUAAUCGAGAAUAGAAGAAGAAUUGGAAACGGAUGGAAUAGAUGGCGCAUAAAGAAAGUUGACGAAGUCAAGAAAUGCUAUAGGUGUCAAAAAAGAAUAAUAAAAAUGGAACAGAUAUUAGAAUCCAACAAACACCUAGAGCAGAGACUUGGAAAAAUCGAAGAUCUCAUCGAAGCUAACAAAACUUUGAAACAUGAAGUUUGUGAAAUUAAAAAAAGUAUGGAAUCUCAAGAGCACCUACAAGUUGAUGGUGAAGCUUUUUAUAGAGAAAUUCAGGAUAGAGCAGACAGGGCCAGAAACAUAAUUUUAUAUAAUGUUCAAGAAUCUCAAGCUCAAGAAUAUUCAGAAAGAAUCAAAUUUGAUGAAGAACAAUGCCAAAAUGUGUUAGACCAUCUGAACGUACAGGGCGGAGAAUUUAAAGCUCAUCGCCUUGGUCAUCCCAACAAUAAACCACGCCCUCUUAAAAUAUCUUUUUCUGACAACAAUAUCGCUCUGAACUGCCUGAAAAAUAAAAGGAAACUGGUAGCUGAAGAGACUCCUAUUCGUUUGAGUGCGGAUCAGACUCCCACCCAACGUGAAUACUUCAAAAAGGUUAAAGAAGAAUUUAAUACAAGAAUUGGAAAAGGCGAACGUAAUAUAGAGAUAAGAUCCUAUAAAGGAACUCCAGUAAUUGGUUAUAGACUCUUAUGCCAGUUGAAAGUGGACCACUUGAUGAUAUUUGAAGGUUAUUUUGACUUGGAUAUAUCAACUGGUUGUAUCUGGUUUGAUAGCAAUGUAUGUCCAUAUGCCUAG